CUCCUCGGCGCCGGCCUUAUUCGGCAGCGCAGGAAGCGGCGGCACCGCCCGCCCCGGCCCUGCCGGGCUGCGCCGCCCCUCGGGCCGCACCGCGCAGGCCGCCACCAGCCGCGCCGCCGCUGGGCUCGGCCGCGGCCCGCAGUCAGGAUGCAAGACCCAAAUGAAGACACGGAAUGGAAUGACAUCUUGCGCAAAAAAGGUAUCCUUCCUCCAAAGGAAGACCUAAAAGAACGAGAGCAGGUAAAAGAAGAUGAGCAGCUUCGGAUCCUGCAGCAGAAGUCUCUCGUGAAAACUUACAAGGACAUGACUCUGGAAGAGCUAGAAGAAAAUGAAGAUGAGUUUAAUGAGGAAGAUGAAAAAGCUAUCGAAAAGUACAGACAGCAAAGAUUAGCAGAAAUGAAAGCAGCUCAAAUGAAGAAUAAAUUUGGGGAAGUUUUGGAGAUUUCUGGAAAAGAUUAUGUUCAAGAGGUUACCAAAGCUGGAAAAGGUAUAUGGGUAGUUCUGCACCUCUACAAACAAGGAAUUCCACUCUGUGCCUUAAUAAAUCAACAUAUGAAUGGGCUUGCAAGGAAGUUCAGAGAUGUGAAGUUUAUCAAAGCGAUCUCUACCACCUGCAUACCCAACUACCCUGAUAAGAAUCUGCCAACGAUAUUCGUCUACCGCGAGGGAGAUAUCAAAGCCCAGUUCAUUGGGCCUUUGGUGUUUGGUGGCAUGAACUUGACAAGAGAUGAAUUGGAGUGGAAGAUCGCAGAGUCAGGUGCCAUCAAGACAGACCUUGAGGAAAAUCCUAGGAAGCAGAUCCAGGACCAGCUCAUGUCCUCCAUCAGGAUGUGCCCCCCAAGCAGGAGGGAGAUUGACUCAGAAGAUGAUUAACUCCUGCAUCAGCACUGAGAUUAUACAGUACACUUGCAGCCAGUGUUCCCACUUAAACCCCUGGAGAAGCUCAUGGAGAUCCUGCUGAGCCAUGAAGGGUAGUAUUUAAAGACAGCAAUUUAACUAGAAAUUAAGUGGGGUUUUUUUCCUUUUUAAAUUUCUUGUAAUUUCACUGAAGAUCCUGAAAGGCAUUUUACAUUGUGAAGCCUGAGUAAAUCUACUUAAAGUUUUAAAAUAUAAUAGACAUCAGUAGAAACAGUCGUCUCUUGUCACUUUUGUCUUAGUAAAUCACUGACCUUUUUAAAGUCUGAAAUAUGAAGUGGCCUAGAGUGUACUGGUUCUAUCUAGCUUAUAUUUGUGUAAAUCAGAUCUAAACAGCUGGAUUUAAAUGUAAUCAGUUAUAGCGAAGCACUUUUGUUACCCUGUGCCCUGUAGGUGUCAGGCUGGACUGUGUGAAGAGUUAGCCUUGCCCAAAGGAGGGGGCAACAUGGGUGCUGAGGGUGCAGAGGUAUGCAGAAAGGCCAGCACCUGGCCAUGAGCCAGGGGCCCUGAUGUCUUGAGAGAGACAUUGGUGACAGCCGGCAUCUCCCAAUACCGGCCCUGUCCAGAACUCCCUUUCCCAUCUGUGCAGCGGGACAGCACCAGUUUGCUUAGCAGCAGUAUUUUGCCCUUGACAGAUGGCUGAGUUUCCAGCACUUUGCUCACCCUUUAAUUCAGGAAAGAAAAUUUAAGAUGUUUGUGCUUGAGUGUGAAAUUAACUGACUCUUUCCACAAAAUCAGAAGUUUUAUCUGUUACUGCAGUAGUGCUGUUUCUGAACAGGAAGGAAAAUGAUGUUUGAAGAGCUGACAUCUUUCUGUAUUAAAGCAAAAGAUUAAAAAAAAAUCCCUCCAUCUUCUAGAUAUAAUAAUAAUUAACACUUUAGAAAAGGAAAAGAUUGAGCUGAAAUACUACCUUAAUUAUAGAUCUGUUGAAACUCAGGAAAGCUGCUUGCUUAUUUCAGGUUGGACUUAAUGUCCACCUACACUUUUCAUUUGUCUACAUUUGGGCUAAAAAGCUCUAUGUGAAUGUGCUAACAAGUCUGCCCCAAGGAUAUCUUGUUAUAUUGCUGAUGGAUUCUGUGGGCGGAUGGUACAGAAUGCAACACUCAGUAAGCAGAGGGGUUUUUUUUUCUUGUUUUAUAUUAGUUUAUAAUAAGUUUUAAUCUUGUUUCCUUCAUUUGAUUUCCCCAGUCAAAUCAGUGUGUAGUUUAAAUGAGGAAUCGUUGGGUUUUUUUAAAUAAAUUUUGGAUGAACUUGUAA